UUUAACCAUGGGUAGACGCUAGUAUUGCUGCUUUAAUAACCAUCAGGGCAUAUACUUCACGUGCAAAGUAAAAACUUUGAAGUUUGUGUGUGAAAAGUCACAUUGAGUGCCCACUAAUUGCAAUUGUGUGUGAGGAAAAGUUUGGGUAGAAAACGUGGACAGGGAUCAUAUAGAAAAGGCCCAUCCCGACUGGGCAGAGACCAGUGUGCCAUCUGUAAGAAAUAUGGUCACUGGAAAAAUCAGUGCCCAGAGCGGAGACGAGGUAGCUUCCAGGAAAAGGGAGACUGGAAAAAAGGGAAAAUGAUUGCAUAUGAAGAUUGAAGAGGACUGGUAGAUCUCACCCCGGAAGAUCCACUGGAUAUAAAAUUGAAACUGGGGGAAAGCGGGAAAGAGGUGGAAUUUCUGGUUGACACGGGGACAACAUAUUCAGCCUUGAAUAAGACUUUGGCACCCGUGGGGAAGGAUUAUGUUACAGUAAUAGGAGCAACUGGUCAACCUGAAAAAGCAUAUUUUUGCAAGCCAUUAAAAUAUGAGCUUGGAAAGCAAUGGGGUAUUCAUAAAUUCCUAUAUCUGCCUAGAUCCCCGAGACAUCUGUUGGGUAGAGACUUAUUAGAACAAUUACAAGUAACUAUUAAAUUUAAAAAUGGAGAGGUUAUUCUGGAGGUAAAUGAUGAACAGUACAUAGAGGCAUUGAGUUUAAUGUUGACAGCCGUCCACACAGAGGGAGAAAUUAGUGAAGAAAUAAUAAAUCAAGUAUUUCCUGGAGUGUGGGCCUCCAAUGUACCAGAGAGAGUGAAAAAUGCACUCCCAAUAUUAAUCAAACUCAAGGAAGGAAAACAACCAGUUAGAAUUAAACAGUAUCCCCUGAAAAGAGAAGACAGGGAAGGAAUUAGUCCCAUAAUUGAAGACUUUUUGCAGUUAGGCUUGUUAAAAGAGUGCCCAUCUGAGUUCAAUACUCCCAUUUUGCCAGUCCGGAAACCUGAUGGGUCAUACAAUGGGAUAGUACAAGAUCUAAGGGCUGUUAACAAAAUAACUGAGGAUCUCUAUCCUGUAGUCGCAAACCCAUACACUCUACUAACAUGCCUGACACCCGAGUUAACUUGGUUUACUGUUUUAGACUUGAAAGAUGCCUUCUUUUGCCUCCCUAUCCAUAAAGACAGCCAGAAAAUUUUUUCAUUUGAAUGGGAAAACCCCAAAAGUGGGGGCAAAUCCCAGCUCACCUGGACUGUGUUGCCUCAAGGAUUUAAAAACUCUCCUACUCUGUUUGGAGAGCAACUUGCCAAGGAUCUGGAAUCCUGGGAGGCUCCCCCAGAAGAAGGAAAGAUAUUGCAGUACAUAGAUGACAUCCUCAUAGCCACCCGGACAAAAGAGGCCACACAAGCCUUCCACCAGCUGAAGAAUGCCCUAAUGUCGGCUCCAGCGCUUGGACUCCCGGAUGUAAGUAAACCAUUCUUCCUGUUUUCCCAUGAGAAGCAAGGAAUUGCCCUGGGAAUACUGGCCCAGGACUUGGGUCCGUACCGAAGAGAAGUUACUUACUUCUCCAAACAACUAGAUGCAACAGCCAAGGGAUGGCCAGGAUGCCUUAGAGCUGUUGCUGCAGUGGUGCUGAAUAUUCAGGAAGCACGCAAAUUCACCCUGGGCCAGAAGAUGACUGUAUUGGUGUCUCACACAGUGUCUGCAGUCCUGGAAGUAAAGGGUGAGCACUGGCUUUCCCUACAAAGGUUCCUGAAAUACCAAGCCAUCAUGGUAGAACAAGAUGAUGUAGAGAUAGUUGUAACUAACAUUAUCAACCCAGCUUCUUUUCUCAGUGGAAAUCAAGAGGAGCACCACGACUGCCUGGAGACCAUCGAAGCCUCCUACUCCAGCUGCCCAGACCUGAAAGACAACCCACUGGAUGAUGCAGAAACCUGGUUCACUCAUGGGAGCAGCUACAUCAUCAGUGGAAAGCGACAUGCCGGGUAUGCAGUUACCACCUGCAAAGAGGUAAUAGAAUCUGGACCCUUGCCAACAGAUACCUCUGCACAAAAGGCAGAGAUCAUCGCUCUAACCCGUGCCCUGGAGAUUGCAAAGGGAAGGAAAAUAAACAUCUAUACAGACUCGAGAUAUGCAUUUGGGGUUGUACAUGCACAUGGGGCCAUCUGGAAAGAAAGAGGACUGUUAAACUCACAAGGGAAAAAACAUCAAACACGCGCAAGAGAUAUUGCAGCUACUGGAAGCAGUCCAGCUACCUGAGCAGGUAGCAGUUAUGCACAUUAAGGCACACCAGAAGGUGAGCUCAGAAUUGGAGGAAGGAAACGAGCUGGUGGACAGAGAGGCAAAAGUUGCAGCAAAAGGUGAGAUAACAAUUGAGGGAGCCUUAAUUCCUGAUGGACAGAUCUCCCUCGAAGGUAAGCCAGUAUAUACUAGAAAAGAUAGAAAACUAAUUCAAGAUCAAGGGGGAAAAUAUAACCAAAAGGGAUGGGCUAUUACUGCAGAAGGGACAAUAGUCAUCCCUUCGCAUUUGUUAUGGUCACUAGUAAGAGAAGAGCACCAGAAAACACACUGGGGAAUAGAUCCCCUGUAUAGCUAUCUAAUUGAAAAGAUUACUGCCAGAAAUUUAUACUCUACUGUC